AUGGUCGUCUUGUCUGCUCUUCUCUUCUCCUCAAUCUCGAGUGAGACUCGUUUAUUCAAUUGUCCUCGCGACGAUUCGACGCUUUUACGCACUUUUCCGAUAAUUUAUGCAUUCGCCUCAGGCACUGGUGACCCAGUGCUGUGGCACCACGGUUUCUGGUGGUGCAUCAAGCCGCGUCUUGACAUGUUUUGCCGUUAUCCUACAUUCUCCCGUUCGUCCCCCAGCCCUGGAAAUGGACAUUGCCGACAAUCUGGCUGUCGGUGUCGUUGCACCCCAAUUCGAGCUGUAGACCUGAUGCAGCGAUACGAGAUUUCGCCAAGGCAGAGAAGACUGUUGCGUCGCUGUUACGUCAAGACUUCAAAAAAUGCUAAUUUUGGCCGACCGACCAAUAUCAUGCAGAACCGCUCCUCUGUAAAUCGGACACAUCGCGAUUUCUAUCCUCACGCAUUGUUUACAUGCGAAUUGAAUAUAUUUGCAGAAAUCAUCAGUUGA